AUGUCUGACAUUGACCAAUUGGCUAUCUCUACCAUCCGUUUGUUGGCUGUUGACGCCGUCGCCGCCGCCAACUCCGGUCACCCAGGUGCUCCCUUGGGUUUGGCUCCUGCUGCCCACGCUGUUUGGAAGGAAAUGAAGUUCAACCCAAAGAACCCUAAGUGGAUCAACAGAGACAGAUUUGUUUUGUCCAACGGUCACGCCUGUGCCCUUUUGUAUGCUUUGUUGCACUUGUAUGGCUUCGACUUGUCCAUUGAUGACUUGAAGUCAUUCAGACAGUUGAACUCCAAGACUCCAGGUCACCCAGAGGCUACCGACGUUCCAGGUGUUGAAGUCACCACCGGACCUUUGGGUCAGGGUAUCUCUAAUGCCGUGGGUUUGGCAAUUGCCCAGAAGCAGUUUGCUGCAACCUACAACAAGGACGACUUGACCGUCAGUGACUCGUAUGUGUACACAUUUUUGGGUGAUGGAUGUCUUAUGGAGGGUGUUUCCUCUGAGGCUUCCUCUUUGGCUGGUCACUUGCAGUUGAACAACCUUAUCGCUUUCUGGGACGACAACCAGAUUUCCAUUGACGGUAACACCAACGUUGCUUUCACCGAGGAUGUCAUUGCUAGAUACAAGGCUUACGGCUGGCACACCAUUGAGAUCCCACACGGUGACACCGACUUGGAGGCUGUGGCUGCUGCCAUCAAGGAGGCCAAGUCCGUCACUGACAAGCCAACCUUGGUGAGAUUGACCACCACCAUCGGUUUCGGUUCUCUUGCCCAGGGUACCCACGGUGUUCACGGUGCCCCAUUGAAGGCUGACGACAUCAAGCAAUUGAAGGAGAAGUUCGGUUUCGACCCAUCUAAGACCUUUAACGUUCCUCAGGAGGUUUACGACUACUACUCGAAGCUCGCUAAGAAGAACCAGGAGGUCGAGGCUGAGUGGGACAACACUGUGGCUGAAUACCAGAAGAAGUACCCAGAGCAGGGUGCUGAGCUCAAGAGAAGAUUGGACGGUAAGUUGCCAGAGGGUUGGGAAUCUGCUUUGCCAUCUUACACCCCAGAGGACAAGCCAUUGGCCACCAGAAAGUUGUCGGAGAUGCUUUUGACCAAGGUUUUGCCAGUGUUGCCUGAGGUGAUUGGUGGUUCCGCUGACUUGACCGGUUCCAACUUGACCAGAGCCCCAGACAUGGUGGACUUCCAGCCUCCUUCCACUAAGUUGGGUGACUGGUCUGGUCGUUACAUCAGAUACGGUGUCAGAGAGCACGGUAUGGGUGCCAUCAUGAACGGUAUUGCCGGUUUCGGUGGUAACUACAAGAACUACGGUGGUACUUUCUUGAACUUCGUGUCUUACGCUGCCGGUGCCGUGAGAUUGUCUGCUUUGUCUCAUCUUCCAGUCACCUGGGUCGCUACUCAUGACUCCAUUGGUUUGGGUGAGGAUGGUCCAACCCAUCAGCCUAUUGAGACCUUGGCUCAUUUCAGAGCUACUCCAAACUUGUCUGUCUGGAGACCUGCCGAUGGUAACGAAGUGUCUGCUGCUUACAAGAGCGCAUUCGAGUCCACCAGCGUGCCACACAUCAUUGCCUUGACCAGACAGAACUUGCCUCACUUGGAGGGCUCUUCUCUUGAGAAGGCCUCUAAGGGUGGUUACACCUUGGUCAAGGCCGACAAGCCAGACGUGAUUAUUGUGUCCUCUGGUUCCGAGGUUUCCAUCUCCGUUGAUGCUGCUAAGAAGUUGGCCGGCGAGGGUAUCCAGGCCUCCGUUGUGUCUUUGCCAGAUUUCUUGACCUUCGACAAGCAGCCACAGGACUACAGAUUGUCUGUCUUGCCAGACGGUGUUCCAAUCAUGUCUGUUGAGGUCAUGUCUUCCUUCGGCUGGGCCAAGUACUCUCACGAACAGUUUGGUUUGAACAGAUUCGGUGCUUCCGGAAAGGCUGAGGAUCUUUACAAGUUCUUCGAGUUCACUCCAGAGGGUGUUGCUGAGAGAGCUUCCAAGACCGUCCAGUUCUACAAGGGCAAGGAGGUUGUUUCUCCAUUGAACAGAGCUUUCUAA